CCCUUUAUAUUGUGGUCUGGUGCAGGAAUAGAAAAUGAUAGAAAACAAGCCUAUAACCUAAAUUCUGAAAUGUUAAUGACGCUAGUUUGGAUAAUCAAACUAACCAAAUAAAAAAUAUCUAUAUAACUUUUGUUAAAAUACAACGAAAUAAAAAUGGGAAGGAAGAAAACGGAAGUAUUUCUUUACAAAUACAGUGAUUGAAUAAUACUAAAAACAAAAUGGAUAUUAUAAAGGAACAUCUAUUAGUACCCACGAAGUAUAUGACACUGUUAGAUGAGAGAAUUUGUUUGACAAUUCAUAAAAACUGGCUUUCCCGAUUUUCAAUAGUCGGUCCACUCACUUUUAUCAGUCACGAUCGUUUGUCCAACGAUGAAAUCGCUGCACAACCCACUAUUGAGGAAUUGGGUAGCGAUUGGCUGAAAAUUUAUGCAAAAGUAUAUAUAAAGCAACACAAGAAUGCAAUUCCUUUGCCAAGAGAAAGGCCUACUAGCAACAUAAGGAACCAAACGGAGUUGAUGUUUUCGCAAUUGCUACAUUAUGUAGCAGAAACUAAUUAUCGAAAUCUGUGGAAAGAAACUUAUAAGAAGUAUUACAGUCCUUGGAAUUUUAUUGAACAAAGAGAACAAUCUAAUAUUACUGCUAAUGUAAGCGAUAUCACUAUUAUGCUUGAAAUACUAAAUAGAAUGUACGGCUGUACUUUGGUGCAAGUGCGAUAUGGUACAGUUUUAUCAGUGUCAAAUGGUAUGCUCUCUGAAAUACAUUGUAAUCUCGUACCAGUCCAUUUUGCCAUAGAAACACCAUCCGCAUUUAUAAUAUUUUACGAACAGACUGCCAAUUAUUCUCUUCGUGAAUGCGUAAUGUACAGUCCUGCUGCUCUUACCACAAGCCAUGGGAAACCAUUGUUUAUAAUAUAUCAGUUAUUGAGAUUAUCAAGAGAUUUGCAUGAUCGUGGACUUGCAUUAGGAGAAAUUACACUCAGUGACAUAUUAGUUACGAAAAAUUUUACUAUUCAGGUAUUACCGAAAUUAGACGAUAAUAUUUAUUUAAAACCUGACGGCGAAUGUACAAACAUCAUUAUUCAAGAGAAUAAAAAGAAAAAUAUGAGUAGCAAUGUUUGCGGCAAAAGAGACGACGUACCUCGUUCAAAUAACACUAAUUUUGGUUUAAAUGAGAAUAUUGAAAAAUUGUGUGAGAUGUGGAUGUACAAUUGUAUCAGCAAUUUUGAUUAUUUAACAGCACUCAAUAAUUUGGCUGGCAGAAGAUACGGUAAUCCUAAUUGUCAUCAUGUUAUGCCUUGGGUAACAGAUUUUACUUCAAGAAACGGCGGAAACUGGAGAGAUCUGACAAAGUCAAAAUUUCGAUUAAACAAGGGAGACCGACAGUUGGAUCUUACAUUUGACUCGCAGUCAACUGAGGUCGGACAUCAUGUAUCCGAUGUUUUGUCGGAAAUUACUUAUUAUGUGUAUCUUUCACGUCGCUAUAAUAAAUCUGUGCUUUGCAAACAUGUACGACCGUUAUGGGUACCUGGAGAAUAUCCGGUCUCGAUUCAGAGACUACACGAUUGGAGUCCCGAUGAAUGUAUACCACAGUUUUUUAUAGAUCCCAGUGUUUUUAAGUCCAUUCACGAGGAUUUACCAGAUUUAGAAAUUCCAGCAUGGGCAACUUCUCCGGAGGAUUUUAUUGAAAAACAUAGAGAAGCAUUGGAGAGCUUUUAUGUUUCGGAAAGAUUACAUCACUGGAUAGACUUGACUUUCGGCUACAAAUUGUCUGGUUCCGCCGCUGUAAAAUCAAAAAACGUUUGUCUACAGUUAGUUGAUAAUCACACCGAUUUAACUAAUUCUGGUGUUGUGCAACUUUUCACACAACCACAUCCACAAAAAAUUAUUCCAUCUCCCUAUUGGGGUAAAGUACCACCACGUCUUCGAUCGAAAUCAACUAAUAAAAGCAAAAAUGAUCAAGUCGCCAGUAAAAUUAGUGACGACGAAAGCCACAGUUCUGGUAUUGAAGAGGAAGAAUUAUCAAUAACAGUAACAAACACAUCAAGAUCAUCUCCUCUUGUAUUGAGUCGAUUGCUGAGUCGUUCCAAGGGUUCCUUGCUUUCGGAUGAUAAUGUUAAAUUGGACAAGUCGAUUAAUCAGCCUAUUAUCCUUCCGAAGGAUUUUAAUCCUAUUACGGCACUUGUACAAGUAGAAACUACACAUGCUUUUAUGAACAAAAUCAAUCAUCAGGUUUAUAAAUCUGCAACAAGAAUGCAUGAUCCUUUCACUAAUUAUAAACAAAUCGUGGCCAGUGGACGUAUCAAGGAACAACAAAUAAUUGGUUGUCUGAUAGUAGAAAUCUUUCUAGCCGACAAGUUUCGUGCGACCUGGAACGUUGAAAAAGUAUCAUUCGCACAGAGAUUUGUGACAUGUCUGAAUAUCUUGAAGACAUCAGCGGAUAAUUUACCGAAAUGUAUAAAAAACAUCGUGUCUUUAUUAUUGCAAAUUGAUAUUAUGCCAAAAAGUUAUAAUAUUGGCAAUGAAGAAAUGAAUGACAUUUUGACGAUAAAUGAAAAUCUUUUUCGUUAUCCAACAAUAACAUAUAUGGGCCUUCCACCACCAUCCGCCCAUCAAUUUCUUCAACCAAUUUUAUCUGGCAGUCUAUUUCCGUUUUCCAAAUAUUGUCAAUACUUAUAUAAUAUUGUGGAAAUGUUGCAAGAGUAUAAUGGUCUGGUACGAGAAUUAAAUUCUAUUAUGAAGAUCGAUGACGAUGUAGAUUUUACGGUAAAAACAAAAACUAAGUAUUUAUGCAAAAUUAGCGAGUGCAAAGUAAAAGCGAUCGCUAGAGAAUUAGAACGACUAUUAUCUUAUGCUGAUGGUAUGAGAGAGGCUACUUUGCAAUUGAUAGUGCCUCACGUAGUACAAAUCAUGGAGGAACCUUAUACCGCAGUUUUGGCAGUGUGGCAUCUUUUUGAUCCUAUUGCAAAAACAUUGGGGCCAAAGGAUACAGCUGACACAUUCCUUUUACCUAUUAUGAAACUGUACGAAAAUGGUUCUAUUAUGGAUACUACAUUGUAUGUCGAUAUAAUACCUGCUGGAACUCUCGCAAAGUUUCGAACUACUCGAUUAUAUCACAGAACGUUUUUGCUGAAACUAAUAGUAAGAUUGAGGCUACAUAGAUUCUUGGACAAUUUUAUAAACCCUUUGGUGGAAGCAGUGGGUGGAUAUAAGGAUUAUGUGCAGGGCUCAGUCGAUACGUGCACACAUAGAACUGUGAAUUUGAAGAGCUGUGACUUGAGUGGACCUUGCAGCGAGGGAGAAGGUAUUUUAUCUCCAUUAGAUGAAGAUUCAUUUGCAGACACUGAACAUAAUGUCUCUACAUCUUCUAUACCAACCAUCAACGAUUAUAUAUUUAAUGUAACGACAGAUAACGAUGUCGAAGAGGUAUUCGCUAUGGAGACGGAGGACAAUUCGUGGAACAACAUCACACCGUACGAUAUUGACUUACACAUUGAUCUGAAUUUGAACGCUUGCGAUGAUUUAAAUGACGAUGGGAACAAAAAUUCUCCUGGCGGAUCCGCCAAAUCACCAACGAUUCCAAUACCUAAACAGUCGAAUACCAGCGGUGCUAAAUUAGUAACCGAGUUUAAUAGUAUCGGCUGCAACGUCGGCAGCAAAACUUCUAGUGAAGAGUUUACUUGCGUCAGCGUAUACGCCACGAACAUCCAAUCUAAUAGUAAUCUCUCGGAAAAUAUCUGCAACAUAGAUACCAAGGAGGAUAAUUCUGCCGUGCCUUCUGCGGAUUUCAAUAACAAAAGCGACGCAAUUACAUCCGAUGAAAACAUACAUCAUUUGGAUCAUAUUUACCGAAAAUCCGUUCUAAGUGAAUGCACGAUUUCCGAGAUGAGCGCAGAAUCUGUUAUUUGGUUAUCUCAUAGACUCGGACCAGUACUCACAGCGCGAUUUUUGUCACGAAAUCUUUUAAGAAUGCUGACGUUAUGUUAUGCCGGAAAAGAAAAUUUAACACCCAUGGACAACGAGAAUUUUAUGCAUCUGGAAGACGUUACAUGGCAAAAACCAAUAUUAGCUGGCGAUCAGAAUGCUGCUAAAGUUUUAGAGUGUCUCACAGCUAUUGCAGGUACGUAUACAAAAACAUUAGUUGUUAAAUUAAGACUCUUAUAUAGCAUUAGGAAAGCAAUUCGUUAUUUGUAAUGAACUUUUUUUAGUAACUGUAAUUUAACUUAGUUAUUUUUUUCCAUCUUUUUCCGUAACUCUAACUUAACAUAUCAGCAUUACACUGAUUGGUACACAAUAAGAAAUACACAAUUAGAAAUAUCUUAUAUAUCUUUCUAAGAAGUGACAUAAGUCGACUAAGAAAGAUCUACAAUAAUUUUAUCUUUAUUUUUCGUAGAAUUUUAUACAAAGACACACGCACGCACGCACGCACGCGCGCGCGCGCGCACACACACACACACACACACACACAC